AUGAACGUACAGCUACUCUCAUGGAGCCGUAUGCCUGCAAGCAAAUGGAUUAAGAUUUUGGUCAUAUUCACAAUUUUUCUAUCACUUUAUAUUUAUUUAUUUUCCAAAGAAAUAGAUGUGAGAUUAAUAUUUCGACAAGCUCCAAAAGAAAUAUACUAUGUCAAACGAUAUCCAUUUACUUUUAAUGCAGCAAUUAUUACGUUAAAUUCAUCGAAUACACUGAUUCGUAUCUAUGAACAACAAUUUUCCCGUUACACUGCUGCUCCAUUUUCACCGAACUUUGAAAAUCAUCGUUUAACGCUCAAAUUCAAUGUGAGAUUUAUUGCCACAUAUCUGUAUGGCAAUAUCGGCAGUUUCCAAGGUGAAAUCCGCUGUUUACGAGUCGUAUGUUUGCAAAAACACAAAAAUGAAACGAUGUCUGUGCAAUAUUUCGAUUUAAAUAUAUGUUUCAACGUUCAGAAACUGAACGCACAAGCAAUACAUUUUACAUUGAAUUCUAUAACGGCAGUUGAACCUUUCUUAAUCAUUUCAAAAAUUCCGAUCAAUAAACAAAACGAUCUCAUUACCCACAUCAUUGUUCAUGUUAAUCGAAUAUGUUUCCCUGGCACUAUUUUCAGUUUCAAGUAUCAAUGGCUCGACGCCAACGUUCUGAGUGAUUUAUAUUGGCCUCAAUGGCCCUUGAAAAAAUCAUGCGCCGAUCAUAUUUAUAAGCAUCUUUUGCAAAAUCGUACUGACGAGGCUCAAAUUUACUUCUCCUGUUCUAUUACCAGUAUUUUAACUCAUUCCACUUCACGACAGUUGUUCAAUGACGAAAGAAUUGCGAUAGCUCAUUGGCUCGAUGCACAGUACAAUUCAACGAGAACGGAUUCAUCUUUUACUCAAAAUCUACUGGUUGAUCAAUUAUCAUCAACGGCACGAACAAGACGUCUUAGUCCAUUUGAAUUGGCAUCAAAUCCAAAGGUUUGUUCCGUCGAAUUGCACCGGUGGAUUUUGAAAUAUCAAGAUUGGCAUGAGAGUGUUAGUUUAACCAUCAGUGAUCCAAGCUUGAGCUUUGAGCAGCAGCGUGAUCGCAUCGUCGACCAAAAUGUUCGUUUUAUGCUCUAUGAAAAGAGCACUUCAGGUAUUGCCGAUCGUAUUGUUCACUUGAUGACGACCUAUCUGGUCGCAAUGUUAACUAAUCGAUUACUUGUGUUCGAUCCCAACUGGCCAGAAUUUUCUCAUUUAAUGCUGUCAAGUUUAAAUUAUGAACGAGAAUUGAUCAUUCCGUGGUUUCGUACUCUAGAACAUCUUAAUAGCCAUUUAUCUCGGAAUAGUACAAAAUAUCUGACAUCGGGCUACUAUAAAUUUUCUUUUGACCGACUAAAUCGCGAUUAUGACUAUGAUCGACAAUUUCCGGAACGAAUCCUCAUCUUUCGAGCCCAUACAGGGGGUAUUAUACAUACCAUGAUGUCGCAAACAAACGUAUAUCGUAAGUUUCUAACUGAAGAUCUGCGCAUGAGUGCAGAUAACAUGUUUGGAUGUCUCUAUCAUUCACUGAUUCUUUAUCGACUGUCAGCAUUAAUCGAAAUAACAUCGAUGAGCACUAGCACCCACUCUCUGGAAAACGAACAUCUUGGUCAUACGCCACGACAACUCCUACAAGUGCUUUUGUCGCCGAACUUUUAUCCUAUUGGAAUUCAAGUACGCACUGGAGACACCAACAUAAGAGGCGAUAAUCCUAAGAGCUGGUUCAAAUUUAUUACCAGUAAAAAGUCACUGCUUCCAUCAUUUGAAUAUUUCUUCACGUGUGCACGAGAUAUUGUUGAUGGAAAUCAAACAUUUAUCACUAACAUCAAACAGGUACCAAUAGCUUUUCUCAUAUCAGAUACUACCCGACUUCGUCAAGCAGCUUUGUUACGCUGGAAACUACCAUCCUCUUGUAUUCAAUCUUUUGGAAACACAUGCCGAAAUCACGAACAUGGUUUGCCUGUGAUAGCCAAUUCAAAUCCUGUUCUUCAUGUCGCCUACACCUCAGAACAGCUGUUAGCAUUACGUAUGGCGAUGUUUGAUAUUUUCCUGUUUAGUUUAUGCGAACAACAUGUGAUUAGUGCAGAGAGCGGUUUCGGUAGUAUUGGAGUAUUCGCAGCCUUGAAACAGAGAAACAUCUAUUCACUUUCGACGCUUAGCACAAAAUCGUGUAGAGGUAGUAAUCAGCACAUCUCUCUAGUGGCUUCCAGUUAUCAGUGGUCUGGCAUUCGAUGA